UUUUCGACAAUUUCUCUUUUCUCUUUAUUCUCACUUUCUUCUCAAAACGGAACAUACUGUUGGAGUUGGUGUAAUUGUUACACAGUUCAGUGCCGGGGCUCCGCCGAUACCUUCCCCCGACGACGGUUAACUCUCAAACGCAAUCUUCAGAGUCGUGCAUUUUCAGGGUAACUUCUUAUCACUAUCCAUGAGGCUCUAUGAUGAAUUCAAAGAGAUAUUAAAGAUUCAGAAGCUUCGAAGAUCCGUAUCUUUUGCUGGCUUCUACGGUUUCACCAUGCUUAUCAUCUAUGCUUAUGUUAACAAUACAACUAGAGCUGGAUAUUCUAGAGCUGAUCAAUACUAUGCAUCAUACCCAGCUGGUACCGAGCUCUUAACUGACACCACCAAGUUAUACAAAGCUGCUCUUGGAAACUGUUUUGAGUCUGAAGAGUGGGGCGCAUUUGAGUUUUGUGUCAUGGAAAAACACUUUGAGCGUCAAGGGAAAUCACCAUAUGCCUAUCAUGCUCAAUACAUGGCACACCUCCUUUCUCAUGGACAGCUUGAUGGAAGUGGGUAACCAAUAAAAUCAUAAGAGGUAAUGACAAAGUCGAAAGCUUAGAACAUAAGAAAGCAUGUAAACCCAAAUGAGAAAACUUGAGGUUUGAGUUUGUCAGGUUUUGAAAUGCUUUAUAUUCUAUACCCUUGUUUUAUUUUUUUAAUACUGAACAAAGUAGAUAAAUCAUUUUCUUUCUCUUUUAGGAUAGCAUCAAAACUUGUAUCAUAUUUUAUUUUCCAUCCCUUCUUUGAUAUAUAAAUAGUCAAAUGCUCCCUGUAAGUGUUAAGUGCUUCAGAUUUUAUUGUUAAAACAGGCUACAUGUAGGUGUAUUUAAUGAAAGUAAUUUCAGUUUUCA